CCAUCCAUCUUAGUCUUGGACUUGUUGUGGUUGUUACAGUGUUACCCUCUCACCUUCUCUGUACAUUCAGAGAGCCAGCCCUUUGCUGACACUUGUCAAUUCCAAUUCCCGAGACGAUUAUCCUACUCGACUAGUAGCAAGGAAGAGUCCAUAGAAACAAUAAAGCGAGAGUUGAAGAGAGACGCUGCUACCAAAUCCCUUAUUCAAUAAUCCCCCGUCACUUCAGUCUACUUACUACUCAGCUCAGCGCUAUUUUCCAAGAUGGCGUUCAAUAAGAUGUUUGUGAUGCUUCCUGUCAUGUUUGCAGCUCGAAAGCUGGACGGUGAAGACCCAAUGGUGGUCAACUACCUUCGAAUUGCCUAUGGCGUCAUGCAAGGUCUCUGCGUUCUGGUGGUCCUCUACACAUACCUCAAGGCCACGGCAGCGGCAGCACAAUACACAAAUCAUAUUGUCUACGUCCCUCCUGCUCCAACGCCAUUCCAAGAUCCCAAUGCCACCAAAAAGAAAUACACAGAGACCAACUAUGGCGCUCAUGUAUUGAGUGCAGCACGGUCCUUGCUGGGGAGUACAUUGUUCGGAGUGUGCAUGACUGUCGGGUUACACAUUUACAAGGGAAUGGUAGUUGGUCUCGCCAUUCAAACCGUAAUGGGACCUCUCAAUUUGGCCGAAAAUCCAUUGAUCAAAGCACUCCUUCUAGGAACUGGCAAAAUCGACCCUGCGGACAAGUUAUUCGACGAAAAGUCGGCUUCCGAACUCACACCAGAUGACGAAGUUGUCGAUGAAAGUGGAAAUCCAUUGGUGCGAAACAACAUUUCUGCUUUGAGCAACAGUGCCACUGGAAAAAAGACUGCUGCUGCCAAGAAGGAUAGCGGGAAAGAAGGAGAAACCGCAUCCACCAUGAUGACUCUGGAGGAAGUCAUGUUGGACACCUGGGAUUCUGGUGACUCGGCUGAUAUUUCCAAUCUCAUGAGUGCCCUCACAGAACAAAAUUGCAACACACAAAGCAGCGAUGACAAAUGGACACCCCUCAUGGUUUUGGCUGGAUUGGGAGCCGUCAAAGGGACCGCCAGUGCCAUUCGCCAGGCUAUUCAAUUGGGAGCCAACCCAGCCAUGACUGACAAGGAAGGAUGGAGUGCCCUGCAUUGGGCUGCAUUCCAUGGGAGUCCAGAAGCUGCGAGAGAGCUGGUCAAGGACAUUUCCUUGUUGGAUGCUACAGACAAGGAAGGCUUGACACCACUAGAAAUAGCCAAGAAAGAAAACAACAAUGUUGUGGUCAAGGUCCUGGAAGAGGCCGAAGCUGCAGCCGAAAAAUCAGAAGAUGCGGAUGGGCUGAGAAAGCGCAAAUAAAUGAGGAAAAUGGUACAUGCAGGUUGCAUUACAUUUUUUUCAGGAUUGUGUCCAAGUAGGCAACAAGGUACAUAAAAAGUUGACUGUAGAGAGCAUUCUUUGUAAAAGUUCUUGGCAAAAGUGGCGAUGGCAGGAAACAAUCAACAAAACGUAGUGAUAGUAAAGGUUCCACGUUCUGGGAAGAUACCCUACCGGUACGACAAAUACGUUUCUCCCUUCCUUCCUCUCUUCCGAUUUUCCCUUUGUUUAUUGCUACCAAAUCUAUUUCUCAGUGAAAUCCCGACACAGUAGUUCGACCCGUCACCCGUUGCAACAAAGAACAUGAAUGAGCUGAGUCCUCGGUCCGUAGAACUGGGCAUGCCUACCCAUCAUUUUUCGAUUGAACACCGAGAAAUCCAUGAAGUGAUGUUGGUCGCUUCCUUCCAGAAACUGAAGGGCGCCCUUGAUUAAAAUCAUCAAAUGACGAGAUGAUUGAUUCAACGAUAGCGUAGAAUCCCAUAAGCUAGCAGGUUCUCGGAACCUGUUUAUACCGGUAGACAACGAAAGUUUCGAUGGGCGAAGCGCACGAUCCGAGAUUCCUUUGACGCACGAA